AUGCCUCGGCUCCUCUUGGGGGCUUGUGUUCUGAUGGUGGGGGUGGAGCCGCCGGCGCCGCCCUCGCGGACGCCGAUCGGCGCGCGGCUGGCGGCUGGCGGGGUCAGGCCGAGGAGGGUCUCCGCCAAGCGCUCCUGGCCGCCCGGCUGCGGCCGCUUCCGUGCUGCUCCGCCUGCCCCCGAGGCCGGCGACGGCGAGAGGGGCGCCACCAAUGGCGUCAUCGAGGUCAGAGUUGAGGAGGCGGCCAGCCACGAGAGCGUUUCCUCGGCGGCGGCCCCGCCUCAACUGGAUACUGAGGGGUUGGCGGAGGGGACGAAGAAGGUUGGAGAUGCAAUCGACGCCGUCGUUGUUUCAUCGGCAGCGUGCAACGGCGACCUCCCCCACGCCCCGCCUCAGCUGGAGACGAUGCCGGAGGAGAGGAAGGAGGGCAGCGAGACACACAUGGACAGGGCCGGUGUUUCCUCCGUGGCGUGCAACGGUGACCUCCCGCACGCCCUGCCUCAGCCGGAGACCGAGGGGAUGGUGGAGCUGAGGAAGGAGGGUGGAGAGGCGCAACCGUCCAGUGGUGGCGAUGCCCGCGGUCAGGCAGAAAGCAGCGCGAUCGAGGUGAUGCCGCUGGCGUUUGCUGCCCCGAAGAGUUUUACUGUUGCUGCUGUCAAUGGUUCCGUCGAGAAUGGGGGAGAUGGGGCUGAGUCAUUGCUGAUGGAGGGGAACAGAGGCCUGGGGAGUGGUCGAUUGGUCAGGGAGGAGGAUGUGGCUGGCAAUGGCAAUGGCAGUGUGAUGGAAAACAGAACGGGUAAUGGCGAAUUGGAGAGAAAAGAGGAUGGGCAUGAUACAGCGAGAAAGAAGAGAUGGUUGAUGUCUGCUGUAAAUCCCCCUCCCAAGAGGAGGGCCAUCUCAGCUGUACGCACAUUUCCACCUGGCUGUGGAAGGGACGCUGUUACUGGAACUGGCAGCAGAGUUGAGGAAGAGUCAGUAUUGGAAGCCACGCCUAUCAGUUUCGCUACCAGGGGUGCCUCUGUAGUGGAUGCCUUGACCACGGUUCCAGGUUCAGGUCAUGGUGCUUCCCCGGUGGUCGUGCGAGAUGCUUCCAAUGAGGUGCAAGGCAAAAGAGCAGAGGUUGUAGGAGCGGGUGAUGGUGAGGUGAGAGGCAAAUUCGAUGGAAGCUUGCGGAAAGGUACAACUAAUAAGACUUAUGUGAGAAGUCGUGUUGUUGAUGCAAAGACAAAGGGCAAGCGACCAAAGGAUGUCACGAUGAAUGAUACAUUGCGAGAUGAUGUUGGGGUCUCUGGAGACGGCACGCCGGAAAACAAGAAUUCAAUAGAUGAUGUGCGCUCAAAUAGUAACACGAAGCAUGGCAUUGUGAAGUUGAAGAGUUAUGGCAUAGGCAAGGACUCUUUGAUCAGGUCUUCUAAGGAGUCCAAGUGUGGAAAUCAUGAUAUGACCAAUCAAAGUGAAGAAACCGAUGAUUUGACCUUAAUUAGUGACAAACUAAUCGUGCAAGCAUUGAUGGCUCCAGACAAAUGCCCAUGGACAAAAGGAAGGAAGUCUAGUGCUAGUGCUUCCAACUCUCGUACUCCUAGGAAUAAGUCUCUUCCUCCUAAGAAACCGAAGAAAAAGGACGCUACUCCAAGGAAAGUAUUACCCCCCAAAGUGACACCUUCUACAUCGGCCGUGCAUGAGAAAAUUGAGCAUGGAGAGUACUCUUGCUUGGAAGAUGAUGGCAACCCUAUAGCAUUAGCUGUCCCUGAAAGGAAAGAAUUAUGUGUCACUCUCCCUCCUUGUGCUCCUUUUGGGGACCAGAGUGUUGAUGCUCGAAGCAAAGUUAGGAAGUUGCUCAAGUUGUUCCAGUUGAUAUGUCGGAAGCUUAUGCAAGCCGAGGAACAACAAUUACGUAAUUUUGGAAGAAUUGACCUUGAGGCCAUUGAAGUUCUAAAGAAGUAUGAUGGAUAUUCUAAACCCGAUGCUAUCGUGGGCGAUGUUCCCGGUGUUGUUGUUGGUGAUGAAUUUCAUUUUAGAGUUGAGUUGUCGAUAGUUGGACUACAUAGGAUAUACCAAGGUGGCAUUGACUCCGCCAUUGUGGAUGGUACCCGCAUUGCAAUAAGCAUUGUCGCUUCCGGUGGGUAUCCCGAUGAGUUGUCUAGCUCGGACGAGUUAAUAUAUACUGGCUCCGGAGGUAAAGCCACCGGCAAGAAGGAUGCAGAGGAUCAAAAGCUUAAGGGUGGUAAUCUUGCCUUGAAGAAUUGCAUCAAAACUAAGACUCCGGUCCGAGUGAUUCAUGGGUUCAAAGGUCAAAGUAGAAGUGAAGUCGGGCAGUCUAAAUCCAAGCAAAUAUCAACAUACACUUAUGAUGGGUUGUAUGUGGUGGUGGAUUGUUGGCAAGAAGGAGCAAGUGGCUCGAUGGUCUUCAAGUACAAGUUAAAAAGGAUCCUGGGUCAACCUGAAUUAGCUUUACACAUAGUCAAGGAGACAAGGAUGUCUAAAGUUCGUAAAGGUCUUCGCUGUCCUGAUAUAUCUCUAGAGAAAGAAAGGAUUCCCAUAUGUGUGAUCAACACAAUUGAUGACGCGCAGCCAACACCAUUUGAGUAUAUCACCAAAGUCAUAUAUCCACCGUCAUAUGCAAAAGAACCUCCGCAAGGCUGUGAUUGCACCGACGGUUGCUCGGACUCUAGUAGAUGUGCUUGUGCAGUGAAGAAUGGAGGAGAAAUCCCAUUCAAUUUUAAUGGUGCAAUUGUUCACGCAAAGCCGCUCAUAUAUGAGUGUGGCCCAUCUUGCAGGUGCCCUCCGACAUGCCACAAUAGGGCGAGCCAGCAUGGUAUCAAAAUUCCGCUGGAAAUAUUCAAGACUGGGGAGACAGGUUGGGGUGUAAGAUCUCUCAGUUCUAUCUCUUCAGGCAGUUUCAUAUGCGAGUAUGCAGGUGAGCUAUUGCAAGAUACAGAAGCUGAAAAGAGAGAGAACGAUGAGUACCUGUUUGAUAUUGGUCAUAACUAUGAUGAUGAAGAACUUUGGAAGGGUCUUCCAUCGAUGAUUCCAGGUUUAGAAUCUUCUACCUCUGAGACAAUGGAGGAGUCUGUGGGCUUCACAAUAGAUGCUGCAAAGUGCGGCAACGUCGGAAGAUUCAUCAACCAUAGCUGCUCCCCAAACCUGUAUGCACAAAAUGUCCUCUGGGACCAUGAUGACAAGAGGAUGCCGCACAUUAUGUUUUUUGCUGCCGAGAACAUUCCUCCGCUUCAAGAGCUGACUUACCACUACAAUUAUACAAUAGGUCAAGUCCGUGACAAGAAUGGUGUGGAGAAGUUGAACUAUUAUUUGUUACUGCAUUUUGAAGAACAUAUAAGCUCCAAUAGCUCACCCUUUUUGGGUGUUUGGGAGGCUUUGAAAGAGUGGUAUGAAGUGUCCAGAAUCAAGCAUUUUGGCGUUGCACAUUCUCCUGUUGAAAUCUUCACCUGGACCUGGAGGAUACAAAUAUGCAAUGAUUAG